GUUGAACAUGGACCGCCAUCAGCAGGUGGGCGAGCUCAUCGACAGUCUUGCCGUCCUCGACAAGCACGCAGUACCUCUUCAGGACUCGUGCCCUAUUUGCCUAAUACCUUUUACUGAUUUCUUCAACGACGACGGUGAUAACCUGGCCCCUGAUUGCGGCGUCACCAAACUCGAUGGUUGCGGGCACGUUUUCUGCAGGAAGGACUUGAUAGAAUGGAUCCGUACUUUGCAUGGUAGCUGUCCUACUUGUCGCCACGCAUUUCUUGACAUACGGCCUCCUUCUGAGUCGGAUGACGAAUCUUCUGAUGGCGGAGAGUACAUUCCGAAUGACGACGAUGACGAUGAGGCCUUCUACGGCGAAGGCGAAUACGAAGAAUUUAUCGAAGUGGAGGAGGACUUGAUUGAUAUCGACCCAGAUGACUAUUCUCCUACCGACGAAAUGGAUUUGGAUAUGUACAGGACCUGGCAGAUGCAGGAGCAGGGUGACUUUGAAGGCGAGUGGGGUCUUACCGAUGCUGACUCGGACUCGCCGUCUGAAGGUGACAUGAGCUGGAAUGAGAGUGACAGGGACAGUUCCAUGGUUGGUGAAGACAAUGUCACUGUCAAUGAAGCCGGCAACGAGGCCGAUGACGCUACCAGCGAUCUCACCAGAGACGUUGAAGAUGAGACCAAGUAGAAUUCAUCUCUGCAUUAAAUUAUCCCGCAACAUUACGCAUCCUUCACUGUACAGUGUAAUACCACCACCACCACCAUCAUUUAUUUUCUGCCUUAUACAAGUCUUAUAUAUUAGCCAGUGCAGCCUCUGUAG